UAUUACAUUUUUGCGCGCAGAAAGGGUUAUUUUAUAAACAUGUUAAGGAGAAUGCGCUGGGUGGAUUUGUCAACUUUAUUAUAAACGCCAAGAGCUUCACAGACAUGAGCGAGUUGGAGAAUUACCGGUCUACAAUAGCACUACUAACUUUGGAUGACUUUGAGAAGCUAAUAAUUCCUCCUCUUGCUAAACUUUUUUUAAAGAGCGGGAGCUUUGCCAGUGGGGUUCUUCUUCACAUUUUGGCCGGCCUCCAGAUAGAUGUCUCUACUCAAGUCUCGCGUUUAAUGGAACAUCUUCUUGCCUCUAUGCUUUCUAAGGAUCCACUGCGUAGAAAAAACGCUGUGGAGGCUUUGGGCUAUUUACUGAUGCGUGUUGAUGAGCAUUCCAUAGUUUUCGUGUGCAAUCUAUUACUAACUUCUUUGGAGGGAAAAGGUCCCGCUCUCGUGAGUUGGGACGUAAAGCUCGUUGUGGCCAACUGCCUCAGUCUUUCUGUGGGGCUGCGGGCAGUCACGCUUCCUGCGGGAUAUGGCGACCGCAUUGUUACUUGUGUAAAGCGCGAAGCCAAUGCUAACGUCCGGCAGUCGCUAUGUUCGGCGUUGGCUCGUUUCUACUAUAAGCGCCCCUUGUCUGAUGCAGUAAUUCACUUGCUACAAGAAAACCUGCCUCUCCCUGCUCAUGCAAGCAUAUCGAGGUUACUGUUGUUACACUUUCUGGCGACUCUCGACUAUUCUCGAAGCCGGCAAGAGCUCGUGGGGCUGCUACCAGCGUUGCAGUGUAUACUUGUGAACAGCGAGACACACGCUUCACAGCUGUCUAUAGUAUGGGAAGGCAUUCUGGCAGCUGCUGUCCUUGUGUUCAUGGAGCUCCGCCAUGCAGUCGGGCUCCCACGUGACAUGUUCAACGUCUUCUGUAGUUGGAGGGUCCUUAAUUCUACUCAUUCCAGCGAGGCAUAUCUGAAGACACUGCUAGACUUGUGCAUAUUGAAAAUUCCCGAAAACCACAACUGGCUGAUAGGAGUACUGCGUUUAUCUGUUCACCAUAUUGGCGGCGUACGUCGCUACGCCAGAGAGCGCUUCUUGCAAUUUUGUAAGAAGAACAUUUCAUUGAAUUUUGUGAAGCGCUUUUCCGAAAUAUAUUUACGAUUUACGGCAACAAUGGACAUCUCCUUUAUGAGGACGCCUACUAACGAGCCAAGGAAAACGGACAAGGUCACGUGUCUGCAAGCCCUGGUAUCCUCCGCUGGAAGAUUAACUUCUACUGAACUCGAAGUCUUUGCGGCCUUGAUGAUGCCUUUGUUUCUGCAUCCCUCUGUGGACCAGCAGCGCCCAUAUCUUAGAGCACUCAGAAAACUUUGCUUUAGCCUUCCAGAGUUUACUCACAGUCGGUCGCAAGAAUUUCAGUGCAUGGUGAAAGAACUCUUGACGUCGUCUGAGGACCAAUCAAUUGCGAGAGCCAUGUGUCUUAUUAAAUUUCUCUCUCGUCAUGGCGGGCACAUAUUUGUGGAGCAUUUUGCGAAUUAUGCUGUUUCUCGCGUGUUCGUGGGGAGCAUUCAAAAUAUUAGCGAACGGGACUUUAAAUGUUAUUUGUCGGAAGAGGGGGUUUCCUUCACACGGGAAAAUGCACCAUCGGGAGAGGAUACUUGCACUGCACCGCACGUCCUGCACGAGGGCCCCCUUCCCACGGAAGGGCACACCUCAAUACUUACAAAGUAUCAGCCGGAGAAAAUCGACAAAGAGCUGCACAAUGAAGGGAGAGCCAGGCAGUUUGUCGCCCUUGCCAAAAAGGAAAUAAACAUUGCUACUUCUAUUUUUCGGAUUCUUAUAGAAAGCUGUCCUACUGAAGCAAAGGCUACAUUGGUAAGCGUUAUUGGUCCGUUUCUUGUGCGCCAUUUCCGUGGUGUCCUUUUUCCGUCCUCCGAAGGGCUAUGGCUUCAACUUUCUCGUUGUUGCUCACAAUGUUAUUCAGACCUCUUUUGCCUCAUUGGUCACACAGCCAUUCGUAUCACUUUGCCAUCCUUCUCACGACCGGAUGAUUAUGAUCUUCUCUCUCGCGUCUUUCUACGGGUCCACAGCUUGUGUGACGAAGGAAAGCUUACACCCGCUGACUUUGCGUACUUCUUCGAGCUCUUAAAACUAUCUUUUCGCCCGGAGACGAAUGUUCCCGUGCACAUCCUCGUGGCAGGGUUAGAGUUCGUUGGCGCCUUUUUAGCUCUCGGGUCGCCCCUCCCCUCUCCCCUGCGCCUCGAAAUGUUUAAGUUUAUAUGUAGUGUUAUUAUUUCUUUUGAAACUCUGCAAGUGCAGGCUGCCGAGCUUUUAAGGCACUUGUGUGGUACAGUACCUGCACUUAAUGAAGAAGAGCUUUUGUAUUUGAGCAGCUCUCUUUUGCACUCGAACGCAAACCUUCGACUCUUUAUUCUGGAAGCUCUUUAUGCAGCCUCGUCUUUACCCACAUGUGAUUUGCUGGUAACUCACACGUUUAUGCUCAGAGAAGAGCAAGACGAAGCUGUUAACUUGGCGGCCUCGCGACUUUGGGACAGAUGUGGCUUUAUUCUUGAAGAACGCCAUUGUGAACGUCUAUUAGUGACAUGCGAAACACUUCCUCUUGAACGUCAACCUCUUUGUUUUCUAGCGCUGACAAAAAUGCUGGCUCAGUUCCCCUCUGUCGCCUCUAGAAGCGCUGUUUCCAUGGUUAACAGAUUCGUGAAACUGAACGCUGAAGGGCCGGGCUCCUCCAGUCCGAAACAGUCCAUGGAUUUCGAUUGGCACCCUCGGGUAGGAGUGGCCGGUGCGAUAAAGACAUUGGCUCCAUUCUUGCAACCUGAGCCGUCUCGAAAGCUAUUCACCACGUUGCUGAUCAAAGGCCUUCCCGAUCCCCACGAGCGGGUCCGGGAAGCCGUUUUUCAAGCAUCUGUUGCUCUGGUGGAAAGGCAAGGAAAACACUCGGCGCUGCUUUUGCCCUUGCUUGAAAAACGCCUCGAACAUCCGUCACUUCUGUCUGCUGAGGCCAGCGAUCAGCUGAAAGCGUGCAUUAUCACUAUAAUGGGCGUCGUUGCCCAACACUUAAAAAAAAACGACCCCCAAAUCCCCGUGAUUAUCGAGAGACUGCUUGAUACCUUGGAGACACCCUCUCAGUGCGUGCAGGAGGCCAUCUCGAACUGCCUUUCCCCUUUGAUGAAAGUUUCGAAGAUAUCAGUAAAAAGUAUAUUCAGCAGACUUCUUCGUCAACUUUUCGAGGGGAAAAAGUAUUCCCAACGAAAAGGAGCCGCCUACGGGUUGGCCGGUGUAGCCAAAGGCCUGGAAAUGCGUUCAUUACGCGAAAACAACGUCAUCCCCACCCUUUUUGACGCCAUCAAAUCGAAGGACAUUAACAAAAAGGAGGGUGCUUUAUUAGCGGUGGAGGCUCUCAUCGGCUCUCUUGGCUCGUUUUUGCCCCUUUUUCGCUUCCUUGAUUAA